UUUGCUUUCAAGGUAUACUUCUUGAAAAAAUACAAUGUAAAUCAAAGAAGGCGUUCUCGGGGUAGUUCGUCUAUAGCCACAACGAUGACGGAUCUUCGUAAAUCACCAUUUCAUCUCAACCGUUUGGAGGACGUUACUUUGGUGUGCGAAAACGAUGAAGAGAAAAGCCGCGAGGGUCUGGAAACUGAGAAUAUACAACUGAGGGAGGAAAUACGUGAUUUGACUGCGAAACUUGCAGCAUGUGAAUACAAACAACAACGAGAGCAGAGACGACAACAAGGAAGUCCACAAGAAAACAGCUACAUUUCCACGAGUAGCGAGACUCGUCACUCAGAUUCAACAGCGAGACGGAGAGCGCUCAGGGUCGAGAGUCGGAAUCUCCCGAUAAAAUUGGUCAAAAGGUGUCGAACGUUGCCGACAGCUUGA